UCAACUCCUGCCCGGUUCCAACCGGUUCGGGAUUUCGGUCAUCCGAUACGACGAGCCACCUUCGUCCCACUCUAACCCUACGGUCUCUUCCUCCCGUUCGCAGUCGAUCGCUCUCCUCUCCUGUCGCGAAAGCAGCUCAUCCACCGACAGCACGCCUCCUCCGGAUCGCGGCUAGGCCACCGCUUUGCACUUUCUUCUUCCCUGUCUCGCUUCACUACGCUAUCGGCUUGCCCCUCCGGCCGCGGUGCCGUCGCGGUCGCUGCCCCUUUUACGCCUUACUUCAUCUGAACAGCGAAAAAUGGUUGUCGGGUUGAUCAAUGCUAAUCCCGUAGUUUAUCAGAAAAAAGAACGCCGACCUCGUGGUCUUGCAGCCGUAACAGAUGAGUAUGCGGAAGAGCCUAUUGAUCUGCUAGAAAUUUUCGAUCAUGUAAGAGAUAUCAAGGACCCAGAGCACCCAUAUUCAUUGGAAGAGUUGAAAGUGGUAACAGAAGAGUCAAUUGAAGUCAAUGAUAAAGAGAGUCAUGUUAGGGUCACUUUUACACCCACGAUAGAGCAUUGCAGUAUGGCCACUAUUAUUGGACUUUGCUUGCGAGUAAAGCUUAUGCGCAGUCUUCCUUCUCGUUACAAGGUGGACAUCCGGGUGGCUCCUGGAACGCAUGCAACAGAAGCCGCGGUGAACAAGCAGUUAAAUGACAAAGAGCGCGUUGCAGCAGCGCUGGAGAAUCCAAACCUACAGGAAAUGGUGGAUUCGUGCUUAGAGCCAACUUUUGCCUGAUUAAUUCAGAGAGUAAUUAUAUUUCAGCUGCGACAUUUAAUAUGCGAAAUUUUCGUGCCCACGUAAGAAUGCAUGAUUAGAAUUCCUCAUUCCUUGCAUGUGUUAUUGUUUCUCCUGUAGAGCCACAGGCGUGGUUUGUGUAUUUUUUAUUUUUCCAGAGCGUUUUGCAAGUGAAAGACAAAAGGAACCAUUUUUCUGAUGUAAUUUGGAAUAUGGAACAGCUAUUUCAGGUAAAUACAAUCGAUAAUAAAUUAAUUUAUUCUAUUAUA